AUGUUUUAUGUAUCGCAAGUAUGGUUCAGAAGGAAAUUCGCAUUAGAAUUCUGCGCGAGCGACGGUGAUACCAGCAUUCGUGCUGUGAUAGCCAAACACAUCUCCCGUGAUGCGUGUGAAAGAAAUUUAAGAUACCGACUGCUAACCUCUAGACUUCUAUAUAUGCCUUUGCGCAUGGAAGAGACAGCAAAAGCUCUGAUUACGCGUGAAUCGGAGGUUCGUCUGUCGCAUCGCAUGAUCGUCGUGAAGUGCGGCAGUAAACCGUGGGGAAGGAGACAGGUAUAUGUGGCUGAGCUUCAUCGUACGAGAAGGGUUGAUAAGGUCGGUGUGGCCAUUGAUCAUGGGUAUCGACGCUCACCCGAAAUUUCUGUUCGUUUCCCGCGGUGA